AUGAAGAUGUCGUUGCCAUGGGAACUGUUAAUCCUUCUGUCACUCAAAGAGUGCCUGACUGAGAAUACACGCCACGGUCCGGUCUUCACCCAGGAGCCCAGUGACAGUGUUUUCCCACUGAGCACUGAUGAUAAGCAGGUGUUUAUUAACUGCAAAGCAAAAGGAAACCCACCUCCUCAUUACAGGUGGAAGGUGGACGGCAGAGAAAUAAGCACAGAUCGAUCCGAUCCAAACUUCAGCCUAGUAGAGGGAAACCUGCUGAUCAAUAACCCUCAUGUGAUCAACCAUGGAGGCGUGUAUCAGUGCAUCGCCACCAACCCAUUUGGGACCGUUGUCAGCAGGGAGGCAAAAGUCCAGUUUGCUUUUCUGCAGAACUUCAGCAGGAAGCUGAGGAACACGGUGUCAGUGAGAGAGGGUCAAGCUGUGGUUCUGCUCUGCGGCCCUCCACCCCAUUACGGAGAGAUCAAAUAUUCAUGGAUUUUCAACGGACAACGCAGCUUCCUGCAGCAAGACGCUCGCCGCUUUGUCUCUCAGAGGACGGGCAACUUGUACAUAGCCAAAGUCGAAGCCUCGGACGCCGGGAACUACACGUGCGCGGUGAGAAACAUGAUGACCAAUGCGACAGUGCUCAGCUCCCCAACCCCCGUGGUGGUGAGGAGGGACGCAGUGAUGGGUGAAUACGAGCCAAAGAUGGAGGUUCAGUUUCCUGACGACUUACGUGUCUCCAAAGGAUCCUCUGUGAAGCUGGAGUGCUUUGCCUUAGGAAACCCUGUGCCUUCCAUCUCAUGGAGAAGAGCUGAUGGAAAUCCACUCCCUGGCAAGAUUAAAAUCAAUCACGCCAGUGGGGUUCUGGAAAUUCCAUAUUUUCGCCCGGAGGAUGCCGGUGUGUAUGAGUGCGAGGCCGAAAACAGCAGAGGACGAAAUGUUGCCAGAGGGCAACUGAUAUUCCACAAUGUUGAACAUCUGCACUGGGUCCAGACUCUGAAAGAUGCUCAUAUGGCCAUCGAUGCUAAUCUGCAAUGGGAAUGUAAAGCCAUUGGUAAACCUAAGCCUGCAUACAGAUGGUUAAAGAAUGGUCAGCCUCUAACAGCAGAGGGGAGGAUCCAUGUGGAAGCUGGGAGACUGACCAUAUCCAGGAUCAGCCUGUCGGACUCUGGCAUGUAUCAGUGUGUGUCAGAGAACGAGCAUGGAGCCGUCUACGCCAGCGCCGAGCUCAAGGUUGUAGCCUCCCCGCCUGACUUCACCCGGCGCCCCGUGAAGAAGUCCACGGUGAUCCAGAGGGGGGGCGAGGUUGUCUACGAGUGUCGCCCCCACGCAUCCCCGAGGGCCACGAUCUCUUGGUGGAGAGGGGGCGAGCUGCUGAAGGACGGCAGGAGACAGACUAUCUUGGAGGACGGAACCCUGCGCAUCACCAACAUCUCCAGAUCUGAUGGCGGCAGGUACACAUGCGUGGCCAGAAACCAGUUUGGAACCUCCAGUAGCACAGGAACUCUGAUGGUGAAAGAACCCACCAGAAUCGUAGUUCCACCUUUGAGCUUGGACGCUACCGUGGGACAGAGCCUCGUGUUGCCCUGCGAGGUGUCCAGCGAUUCAUCCCUGGUCCCCGUCUUCAAGUGGUUUUUCAACGGCAAAGCCAUUGAUUUCAUCAGACAGGAGCACUUUGAAAUGAUUGGAGGGGGAUUUUCAGGUGACCUGAUGGUGAGGAACAUUCAGCUGAAGCACUCUGGGAAGUAUGUGUGUAUGGUACACACAGAAGUCGACACCGUUUCAGCAGCAGCAGACCUAAUUGUCAGAGGACCCCCGGGUGCCCCGGAGGGCCUGGUGGUGAUGGACAUCACUAACACCACUGUGCAACUUUCCUGGGGCUCUGGACCUGACAACCACAGCCCUGUUACCAUGUACAUGGUGCAGGCCCGGACCUCUUUCUCUAUAGGCUGGCAGACUGUGAGAACAGUUCCUGAUUCUGUGCCUGGACAGAUGAUGCAUGCCACAGUGAAGGAUCUGAACCCCUGGGUGGAUUAUGAAUUCAGGGUGGUGGCAAUCAACAGUGUUGGUGUAGGAGAACCCAGCACGCCAUCAAAACAGAUCCGAACCAAAGCCGCAGUUCCCAAGGUUGCACCAGUUAAUGUGAGCGGCGGCGGAGGAGCCCGAGGAGAACUUGUCAUCAUUUGGGAGCCAGUUCCAGAGGAACAGCAGAGUGGAGAGGACUUUGGCUAUGUGGUGGCUUUCCGCCCACUCGGCAGCAGCACCUGGAUCCAGACGGUGCUGGCAUCGCCCGAUGCAUCCAGAUAUAUUUGCAGAAACGACAGCAUCGCACCCCUGACCCUGUUUGAAGUGAAGGUGGGCGUGUACAACAGCCUUGGGGAGGGCCAGUUCAGCCAUGUUGUUCGAGUUUUUUCUGCGGAGGAGGAGCCCUCGGAGGCACCAGCAAGAGUGCGGGGCCGCGCUUUGUCAGCCACCGAGAUAGAGGUGUACUGGGAACCAGUUCCCUCGAGGACCAGCAGGAAGAAGAUCAUUGCUUAUGAGGUUCUGUUCUGGGAGGAUGGAUCUGGGCAGAGCGAUGCCGACAGAGUGAAGGUUAUCAACACCACAGCACAGCUCUCUGGCUUGAAGGGCAGCACGGUCUAUCUGAUCUCAGUCAGAGCCCAGAACAGCGCUGGACUCGGACCCAGCAGCCCUGCGCUUAACGUCACCACAAAGAAACCACCUCCCAGUCAGCCCCCGGGGAAUAUCGAGUGGAGUCUGACCAACUCGAAGAUCUUUCUAAACUGGGAACAUGUCAAGGCGAUGGAAAAUGAGUCUGAGGUGACAGGAUACAAGGUUGUGUAUCGUCAGAACUGGCAGGGCAGGACCACUGUCCUGGAAACCAAUAAGACCAGUGUGGAGCUGCAGAUCCCUUCCGGCGAGGACUACCUCAUUGAGAUCAAAGCUCUGACCAAAGGGGGGGACGGCACCAGCACCGGCCCCAUCCGCAUACCAAAAAUGUCCAGUCUUAACUCCAAGGGAUGUGUGUGCCCAGUUUCAAUGAAGACCUGCUGUUUCAUGAUGUUUAUAUUCUCUAUGUUUGUGUUGUAGCUUCUGAUGCCUUCAUAUUUAGCGUUGGACAUUAGAGUGACUACGGUCUUUGAUUUUCCUCUUCUACAUGUCAGGUUUGUGGAAUGGAGAGUUUUAUCAACCCAAACUGAAUGAUGGGAAUCAUUCUGACAGGUUGUCAAAUGCCCACUAAUCCGUGGUUGGACUGUUACUCGUUGGCAACAGUACAGUUACAACGCAUUUUCAUCUGGCUAUUUUCAGGACCACUGCCAUCCUCCAGGAUGCACUGAUAAACAUGGAAAGAUGAAUUUCUUAUCUUUAUUUGUGAAAUGAACAUGAGCACGGUUUCAUGUCUGUUUCCACCUUUUCUGCCUCAACCUCCAGGAUCUUUCUUGGCUCGAUGUGACUCCAAUGAAUGUUAUAGACCCAGAGGUAAAAGUUCUUAGUUCUGUUCAUUUGGUAUUAAAGUGUUGAUCCUUGAUAUUUUGAGUGUAUUGUAAACUGAUUCAAUAUAGGCUAGAAAAUGAAAUGACCAAUCGACUGAUGGCUCUAGCUUCAAGAUACAAUAUUGAUUUCCUUAUGAAGUAAAGCAAAUAUAUUUCCAGAUGCAUUGCACAUAGAGGUUGUACAAGUAUUCAUAAAUAAUGCAUACACCCACUUACCUGUGAACGUUCGUGAAAACCGACUGGCAACUAACAAUGGUUUAAUCCCCAGAUAACAAAAGGAACAACAUUAAAACCAACUGAGCAGGUAAUUGUUGAUAAUGUUGUGUUUCAUCAGUUUUCUAUAUCUGAUCAGUAAAUCCAUCAAAACAGACAAUCUUCAGGGUUAACACUUUAACACCGGGCUGUCAGUCAUCCACACAGUUAGAUUAGCCGUCAAUGUUUUCCCUGUUGAUUUUAUGCAAGAGCACUCUGGCUGAUCUUCAAGUGUUUAACAAAGCCGCUUUGCCUUGCUGUGUGUAUAUUCUUCAAACCUCUUGUCAAGCUGUCUCAAUUAUACUGAAGGGCAAACUAAUCACACAUUGAAUGUAAAAUGUUAUUAACUGUAUUUAUUUUGUUUGUACAAUUAUAUUUUAUGAUAUAUCUGCGAGGGACGCACAAAGUGAUUGUAGUGACAAGAGGUCCAACUAAAUCAAUUUAGCCAUUAUUACCGUUACUGUACAUCCAACAUCAACAGAUGAGUAAGAGGUGUUCUGUUUGCUUUUUGUUAACAGCAAGCAGAAGCAUCUAAGCUAAGUAAAUACACAUCACAAUACUCAAACUAGCUGCACAUGUAAAAAUAAUCCAAUACAGUACAAAUAGCAUUUCUCUUUGGACUUUCCGACUUGGAUAUGGACCUUUCAGAAUAACAGCCUUUUUAUAUUGCAAUUUAGCAAAGGUUUACUUAAAUAUAUGACAGGAUACCACAGUAAACCAAUGGCUAUUUUACAGAAAAUCACUUUGUGUUGUUUAAUAUGAUGAAGAAUAUCUGCAUCAGUACAUUAUUACACCUCCUCCAAGACCAUUUCCCUUGUGCAGAACAGAUGAACAUACAAUGUAGAGGAAUAUAUUUCGUAGGACGUUGGUUUUUAGUGAUUUGUCGCCUUCACACGAUUACAGUGAUGUUCAGUUAUGAAACGUAAAGAAAAGCUUCUGUAAAUGUUUGAGCUCUGUUUGCUUUGCAUAACUUUUAUUUCAGAUGGUUUGAUUUUUCCCUUCACUCAGGAUGUGUCAUUUCAACACAUGCACUGUCACAGUUAUUAAUAUGAUCAAUCACCAGACAUAUUAACACAACUGUCAUAAAUUAAAUAAUUUGUAUUGAGCAGACGAGUGAAAUGAAGAGAUGCAGGUGUUGAAAUGAUCUCGUCCAGAGAGCAGCACAGUUUGUCCUUCAUGUAGCCGUGAGCUUUAUUCUUUAUUUUGAAAGACUUAAGUGUAUAUUUUUCUAUGUACAUCUAUUGUUCUACUAAAAAGCUACAGCCUAUGUGAAAUCUAUAUCAGUCCAAGCAUCCUUAAUUAUUUCAUUGAAGAGUUUAUUUUGUGCCGUUCCUUUCACCCUCUACAUUCGCGUAAUUAAUGUUUUUAUUUCCUGUUGCAAUCUCUAAUUAUGAUGUCGGAAAUGUGUAUCUAUGAAAGUUCUCAUUUUAAUAUUAUCAUGCUUUCUUUAUCUGAAUCUGCAACUUGUUACUUAUGUAAUGUAAUACCAUUGUAUUAAUAAGAUAUCUCUGUGAG